CACGUGACUGUUAGUCAACGAUAUAUAUGUUGUAAACAAACUGACCGUCGAUUUAGUUAAUAAUUUAGUUAAUAAUAGUUUAGUUAUUAAUUAAUUAAUUAAUUAAUUAACACGUGUUUGUCGUCGUCGGAGAAGCUAUAAUGCGCGUAACAAUCAAAUCGUGGACAUCGGUAGCCACUUGGCGAUGGGUGGCCAACGACGACAAUUGCGGCAUUUGUCGUAACGCUUUUGACGGCUGUUGUACCGAUUGUAAGACACCGGGAGACGACUGUCCGCUGGUUUGGGGCCAAUGUUCCCACUGUUUUCAUAUACAUUGCAUAAUGAAAUGGUUGAACUCCCAGCACGUCCAUCAACUGUGUCCAAUGUGUCGACAGGAAUGGAAGUUCAAAGAGUAGAAACAGAGAGAGUGGCCGUACGGGUGCGGGUGGCCGACGAUGGCCACAACUAACUGACUGACUAUCCGAUGGACGGUUAGAUCAAAUGUUUAGGGGGAACGGCAUCUGAUGUACUGAUGUUAUAACAUUGUAAUGCUAUUCAUGUAAAUUCAAUAUUUAUAU